CUUUUUAAAUUGCAGGGCUUCUCAGAGCCUCCCUUUGCCUAUGUGGUUGGAUAUUAUGAUAGCUGUUGUUUGAACCAAGAUAGAAAAAUGGGCAAAAGACCAAGACAAAGGCCGGCAGAAACAAAAGAGGGCAAAGGCACAGAAAAUGACCGGGCCAGAGGCAAAGAAAUUGAAAGAUGAAAAAGAGAGAGCCUGGUAGGAACAGAGAAAGAAAAGAAGAAAGGAGAAUUGUUUCACCAAGUACAGGUUAAUCACGGUUCGUCCCUGGGAUCUAUAAGGUGGAAGGAGAGAGUUGACUCCUGCAAGUUGUCCUCCAACUUCCUUUCCCAUGAGCAACACGGCACUAAUACACACUAAAUCAAAUAAUUAAUUUUUUUAAGGGGGUGAAGGCAAAAAGAGACAGAGAGGAGCGGACAGAAUAGAAGAGAGAUGUACAGAUGGAGACACAGACAGGGAUACAGAUGGAGAGUGUCAAGAUCAGAGUCGGAGAAGGGGCGGAAAGAGGCACAUGGGUGAAUGGAGGGAUCGUGCCAGGAUAGCGCGGGCUGAUUCUGUGCCAGAAGCCGCAAGCAGUUGCACUUCUAGGAUGAGACGCUCAGUCCUGGUUAGGAAUCCGGGCCACAAGAGCCUUAGGCCACUUUAUGGAGACCUCCAUUCAGACCCAGAAGACCUGGACCCCAGUCCCAAAGAUCCAGACCCUAUUUCUGAAAGCCCCGAGCCGGAGCCGGAAGACCUCAACACUGUCUCAGAAGAUGGGGACGCCAGCUUUGAAGAUCUGGACCCUGAGGCAGAAGAAGCUCAGCAGUCCAUUUUGGGGAAGCCAGACUCAGAUUCCCAAGAUUUGGAUCCCACGUCUUCAAGUUUUGACCUUGAUCCUGAUGUCAUUGGCCCGGUGCCCCUGGUUCUGGACCCAAGCAGUGACACCCUCAGCCCGGCUGCUCCAGAUGUGGAUCCCCUUCCCUCUGGCCUCACUGCCACCCCUGAAAUCUUGGCCACAAACCCAGCAGUGCUUCCCGCCCCCGCAAGUCCACCUCGUCCGUUUUCCUGUCCCGAUUGUGGGCGAGCCUUCCGUCGCAGCUCUGGGUUGAGCCAGCACCGGCGCACCCACAGUGGAGAGAAGCCUUACCGCUGUCCCGACUGUGGCAAGUCAUUCAGCCACGGCGCCACACUGGCCCAGCAUCGAGGCAUCCACACGGGCGCGAGGCCCUACCAGUGUGCUGCCUGCGGCAAGGCCUUCGGCUGGCGGUCCACACUGCUCAAACAUCGCAGCAGCCACAGCGGGGAGAAGCCACACCACUGCCCGGUGUGUGGCAAGGCCUUUGGUCAUGGCUCGUUGCUGGCCCAACACCUGCGCACACAUGGUGGCCCUCGUCCCCACAAGUGCCCGGUGUGUGCCAAGGGCUUUGGGCAGGGUUCUGCGCUGCUUAAACACCUGCGCACCCACACAGGCGAGCGUCCUUACCCAUGCCCACAGUGCGGCAAGGCCUUUGGGCAGAGCUCAGCCUUGCUCCAGCAUCAGCGCACGCACACGGCUGAGCGUCCCUACCGCUGUCCCCACUGUGGCAAGGCCUUUGGGCAGAGCUCCAACUUGCAGCACCACCUCCGCAUCCACACUGGUGAGCGACCUUAUGCCUGCCCACACUGCUCCAAGGCCUUUGGGCAGAGCUCGGCGCUCCUGCAACACCUCCACGUGCAUUCUGGCGAGCGUCCCUACCGUUGUCAGCUCUGUGGCAAGGCCUUUGGCCAAGCCUCUAGCCUCACCAAGCAUAAGCGGGUGCACGAGGGAGCUGCAGCGGCCGCAGCAGCAGCUGCUGCAGCGGCCGCAGCUGGGCUGGGCCUCGGGCCUGGCUUGAGCCCAGUUUCUAUGGUGAGGCCAGGGCAGAUCUCUUUCCUAGGUCCCGAUGCUGUUUCUGUGCUGGAAUCUGGCCUGGACCUCAGUUCUGGUGCCAGCUCUGCUCGAAGUCCUGAUCCUACUUCUGUGCUGGGUUCACUCCGAAAUCCCAUCCUCCAGACCCACUCAGGAUCCGUCUCCAGUCCCGAUCUUGUUCUGUCUUCUGACCCUAAACCAGGCCAUGAUGCUGACCCUGAUGUGGUGCCCAGUCCUGACCAAGAAUCUGAUCCCAGCCCAACCCCCGAUCUCGUCCCCAGUCCUGACCCCAACCCCAAGUCCCAAAUGAAUCUCUGCUCUCCUAUUCACGACAGUCCCAGCCCAGCCCUUCCAACUGGAGAGAGUCCCAAGUGGGUAAAGGAGGAAGGGGCACUGCUAGGGCCCGAUGGAUAAAGGGGGCACUGGCAUCUAUGGUGGUUUGGGGAAAGUGUCUGUUAUAUUCAUAGUAAAAUCCUCCUGCCUCCUGACUCUGUGUGUUGCUUGCCUUUUGCGCUUUCUCCUAUUGCGGGUAGGGGUGGAGGGUGUGGUCAGAGCCCAGACCGGUGGAGGCACACCCUCUAGGCUUCCUAGCUUCCCAUACAAGGCCCCACACAAUCUUUCCCACACAUCAUGCCACUGUUCUCCUGGGUCUGGCCACUGUGAUCAGUCACUCAACGUCUGUGGGUGUUUUCCAGUGCUGGAAUUUCAGGCAUGCUGAUGUUCUAGUGGGCUACUAAAGGAUCCAUUGGAUCCUUGAGCUAACCUCCUUGCCCUUGAAAAGCCACUGGGGGAGUGGAGGUUGCUCUUCCUUAUGUGCUUAACAAACAUCUCUUAGCCUGUGUAGUGGCGCAGGACUGUCACCCCAGCUCUCUGGAGGUGGUAGCAGGAGGAUUGGGCUAUGUAGUGAGACUCUGUCCCAAAAGGCUAUGCUAUUACUUGGUGAUUGUUGCUUAUUUCUAUAUUAAAAUAUCUAUUUUUA